AUGAUAACGGACUUACUGUCCGAUAUUCCAGCAUCUCCUGAUUCAAAUAAUACUUUAUCACUUAAUAUCACUGAAUUAUUGAAUCUGGAAGAGUUUCCCGGAAACAAAUCAGAUAUCUAUGGGAUAUCUUCAAAUAAAAACUGUACAGAUACGCCGAUUGUUCUCAAUACUACCAGUUUCACGAAUGAAACGUUAGACAGUGACAAAUUGACAAAUAAAAGUGACUUGAUCGAAAUUGUCGCGCACUCGGCUGAGCUUAAAUUUAGAAAUUGCGACAAUUUGACCUCAGGGUUGGAUGCAAAUUUGACCGACUUGGAUCCCUCCAUUGCUUCAGGAAAUGAAACUUCCACUUUAAUCAUCAUAUCAUCAUCAAAUGUUGAGGAUAACAGCUUGUUAUCGGAAUUAAUAUCAGUACAGAAUAUGACGCAAAACGAUACAUCUGAAUUUGCAAAUACCACUAGUCAUAAGGAGAGUUCUACCAAAGUAAUGUCAAUGGUAGCAGCUUCAGAAACUGUUCGAGAACUGGAUCCAGAACUAAAAUCAAAUAUUUCCAGUACAAAUUGUCUUAAUCAUCUGUAUAGACUACCUGAGAAAAAAUCUGAUGCUAAUGAAAUGCUUUCGAAGAAAAAUAUGCACGAUAUGAUCGUUGUCUCAGAGCGAUCUUCCAUAAAAUUAAACUUUCAAAAACUUUUUGAAAUGCUCCGUGAUAUAUCCAAUGCUUUACUGCAACUAUUUCAUACGACAACAAUCAGUGGUAACAUUACGUUAGUUGAUGAUAAUGCUGCUGAUAACAGUUCCAGUGCUGCUAACAAUGAUAGUAAAAAUUUGCUUUCUUUAACUUUCAGUAAAUCUCAAAAGCUAUUGAUAACAUUACAUAGGCAUUGA